CUUACGAUGCACCUUCUCUAUAAGACUACCAGAAAACGAAAGGGAAGAAGCAGAGGAAGAAGAAAAUAAAAGAAAAAAAAGAAAAAGAAAAACAGAAUUCUGAAAAAGUUCCUACCUUCCAUUUUUCUCGUUCUCUGAUUCUUCGAUUUUCCAUUAAAACCCCUUUCGAUCCAAUAUUUCUUCUUCAGAUCCCUAUACAUUUCUGAAACUCGCCAAUCAAGAAACCCGCAAUUUCAGUUUCUGGCAGGGGCAAUAGCGGAUCUCCACGCUUCAAGACGAAAAGCUAGGGUUUUGAGAUAGGGCUUUGUUUUCAAAAUCUCGGAUGGGGAAGGUGGCUGUCGGAGCGGCGGUCGUGUGCGCUGCCACCGCGUGCGCAGUGGCCGCGCUGAUCGUGCGGCACCGGAUGCGUAGCUCGGGCAGGUGGGGCCGCGCGAUGGCAAUACUGAAGGAAUUCGAGGAGAAAUGCGGGACGCCGAUCGUGAAGCUGAGACAAGUGGCGGAUGCGAUGACGGUGGAGAUGCACGCUGGGCUGGCGUCCGAGGGCGGGAGCAAGCUCAAGAUGCUGAUAAGCUAUGUGGACAAUCUGCCGACGGGGGAUGAAAAUGGAGUAUUUUAUGCGUUGGAUCUUGGUGGUACAAACUUCCGCGUGAUUCGUGUACAGCUGGGUGGUAGGGAAGGCCGUGUCGUUAAACAGGAGUUUGAGGAGUUGUCUAUUCCCCCUCAUUUGAUGACUGGAAGUUCACACGAACUAUUUGAUUACAUUGCUGAGAAGCUAGCAAAAUUUGUCGAAACAGAGGGUGAAGGUUUUCAUCUUUCUGUUGGCAGGCAGAGGGAACUUGGUUUUACAUUUUCUUUUCCAGUGAGACAACUUUCAAUCACUUCUGGCACCCUUAUAAAGUGGACGAAAGGCUUCUCUAUCGAUGAUGCGGUUGGGGAAGAUGUGGUGGCUGAACUGACGAAAGCCAUGGAAAGACGAGGUGUUGAUAUGCGUGUGUCAGCACUUGUCAAUGAUACCAUUGGAACACUGGCAGGCGGUAGAUACUACAAUAAUGAUGUUGCUGCUGCUGUGAUCUUGGGUACUGGUACAAAUGCUGCAUAUGUUGAGCGUGCACAUGCAAUUCCGAAAUGGCAUGGUCUUCUACCCAAAUCUGGAGAGAUGGUAAUCAAUAUGGAGUGGGGGAACUUCCGGUCGUCUCAUCUUCCAAUUACAGAAUAUGAUCAAGCAUUGGAUGCUGAAAGUUUGAACCCUGGAGAGCAGAUUUUUGAGAAGAUAAUUUCAGGAAUGUAUUUGGGAGACAUUGUGCGCAGAGUCUUAUUGAAGAUGGCAGAAGAAGCUGCCUUUUUUGGUGAUGCUGUUCCAACAAAACUUAUGGUUCCAUUCAUACUGAGGACUCCUGAUGUGUCCGCCAUACAUCAUGACACCUCCCCCGAUCUUAGAGUAGUCGGAAACAAACUGAAGGAUAUUUUGGGGAUCUCUAAUACAUCCCUGAAAAUGCGAAAAGUGAUCGUAGAGCUCUGCAACAUUGUUGCUACACGUGGGGCCCGUCUGGCUGCAGCUGGAAUCUUGGGCAUCCUGAAGAAGCAGGGAAGGGACACCGUCAGGGAUGGCGAGAAGCAGAGGACGGUGAUUGCUUUGGAUGGCGGGCUGUUUGAGCACUACACCAAAUUCAGUGAGUGUUUACAGAGCACUCUCAAGGAGUUGGUUGGAGACGAGGUCUCGGACAGCAUCGUCAUUGAGCAUGCUAAUGAUGGCUCGGGCAUCGGAGCAGCCCUCCUUGCUGCUUCUCACUCCCAGUACCUCGAGCUUGAGGAGGCUUGAGAAAGUUUGGUGCGUUGCCUUUGAGUAGUACAUCGUCAUCAUAAAGAAAUCUCUGUUUUUCCCCCCUUUCAAUCAUUAUGAGGCUUUUCUUUUCCAUUUCUUUUUUGCUUUUCCAAUCCGGAUGUCCACUUGAGAGAAUCAAUCCUUAAUUUAUGCCCAUGCAACAUAGAUCAGUGAGAAGUCAGUGUAAGGUGCACCGACUGCUGGGAGUGGUUAUGAUCUUCCCACUGUGGCCGGCCCCAUUCUCUGUCCUUUUCCCGUCGGGUAAGUGAAGAGAGUGGUGUUUAACGGUGUAGUAGGUUGUUUGUGCCAACGGCUUGUGCUGUAUUAGUCUCCCCAACUCCCCGACGGCUUGAAGAAUGAGAGUGGGAAGCGGCUGUUGGUGUAGUUUGUUUCUGGUGGGAUCAUUUUCUCCAAAACACAAUAAAAUCAGGGAAUUCACUGGGAAGGCUGCUCCUACCAUUUAGCGGCGAAUAUUGUACUAUCAUCUUUUCUUCUGUGUAUGUGUGUGUGGGUGGGUGGGGCAAAUAUGUACAAGUGUAGGCAAUGAUGAAUUUGGAUGGUGAGGAUGGUUCUCUAGUAGCGUAUAAAAGUGACCAUUGGGGAAUGGAUAUUGUAUGGCUGGUAGCACUGAAAUGCUUUAGGGACAUCUCUCUGCAGUAUUUGUGGCAGGGUCUUAGUUGGGACUUUUCGUCCUGGUUAUGACAUGGUUCGUAAACUGUAACUAUUGCACGGCCCGAGCUGUUUCACUCUUCUGCACAUUUCUUCUUUGGGUGUGAACCAUUACCCAUUUUUAUUUUGGACCAUCGGCUUCAAGUCCAAUGAUUGAAUAGGCUAGUUCAUACCAUCAAUGUAAUUGUUCACCUCCCUUUCGUCUC